AUGGCGAUGGAGAUUCGUCUUCCUGUGGCCCGCCAGCGGCUACCUGAAAGCUUGGACCGGGACACCCAGAAACACUUGGUAGUGCCAGGGGACACGAUCACCACGGAUACCGGCUUCAUGCGGGGUCAUGGAACAUAUAUGGGAGAUGAGAAGCUUAUAGCAUCUGUGGCAGGCUCUGUAGAGAGAGUAAACAAACUGAUCUGUGUAAAAGCUUUGAAAACAAGGUAUAAUGGUGAAGUAGGAGAUAUUGUGGUGGGGAGAAUCACAGAGGUUCAGCAGAAGCGGUGGAAGGUGGAGACCAACUCUAGGCUCGAUUCAGUCUUGCUUCUGUCAUCCAUGAACCUUCCAGGAGGAGAACUGAGGAGAAGAUCUGCAGAAGAUGAGCUUGCAAUGAGGGACUUCUUACGGGAAGGAGAUCUUAUCAGUGCUGAAGUCCAGGCAGUGUUCUCUGAUGGUGCUGUGUCUCUACAUACCAGGAGUCUAAAAUAUGGAAAACUUGGGCAGGGAGUUCUCGUCCAGGUUUCCCCUUCCCUGGUGAAACGACAGAAGACCCAUUUCCAUGACUUGCCUUGUGGGGCCUCUGUGAUUUUGGGCAAUAAUGGCUUCAUCUGGAUCUACCCAACUCCUGAGCAGAGAGAAGAAGAAGCAGGGGGCUUCAUUGCCAACCUAGAGCCAGUACCACUCUCAGAUCGGGAGGUGAUAUCUCGGCUCCGGAACUGCAUUGUUUCCCUGGUGGCUCAGAAGAUGAUGUUGUUUGACACCAGCCUCCUGUACUGCUAUGAAGCAUCUCUUUCCCAUCAGAUCAAGGACAUUUUAAAACCAGAGAUAAUGGAAGAAAUUGUAAUGGAAACUCGACAGAGGCUUUUGGAACAGGAGGGAUAAGGAGAGGAAUUUGGAGAGGAAGAAUGUUGUAUAUUUUUGGCUGAUGCAGUUCUUGGGGAGAGCCUCAUCAUGUGUGGCUCUUAGUUGUGAGAUAAUUUUUUUAGAUAGAAUUGGCUAAUGUAUGCAGAGGCACCACUGUGAGGGACAGCCAGCAGUAAGCUAAAUGAAGAAAAGAAUCACUGGAUCAGCACUGAUGUGUGUGCUUUUGUCUCUUACCUGUAACCGUUAUUGCUUCUUUCUCUUUAUAUGGAAAAUGAGGGUGAUGAGAACAUAAAUGGAAAAUUGUGCCUUUGGGUUCUUUAGUUGAAGCUUGAGUUCAAGCACUAGAUGGCAGUUUCAGCUCAUUAAAAGUAUGUAGUGUUCCCAGCCAGAAUGUGCUUCAGUGCCUGGGAUAGUAAAGAGAAUCCUUUGUCUUCCACCCACCAUCAUUCAAACAUAACAAUGUAAAUAAACCCAGUGACCCAUGAAAUUGGCUUUAUAAAAGACAUAGUCACUGACCCCAAAUGUUACUUUUCAGGCUUGGGGUUUUUUUUGUUUUGUUUUGUUUUUUUAAGGAAAAAAAUAUCACAUUCCUGUUGUAUUUUAUUCAGUUUUUUUUUUUUAAUAAAGUCUAAACAAUGGCAGCUUACCCAGUUGGAAUCUUGCAUCCCAUGGCUACUUUAAAAAGAACAGAUUGAAGUUUGACGAAGUCUUACAACCCUGAAAAUGGAUUCUAGAUUCAUCCUUAGAAGAGUGGAAUUCUCUUCACCAAGCCCAGAGGGAUAAUUAUACAGAUUCUGAGGGGUAUUUGAGUCACUUUGGCUUAUCAGUCACCUUGGGCUGCUUUUAGAAAGGAUGGUUUAAUUCAGUGGUUCCCAAACUUUUUUGGCCUACCGCCCCCUUUCCAGAAAAAAUAUUACUUAGUGCCCCCUGGAA